CAUUCAACUCAAACUACUGAGCUCGCCUGGAGCUCGCGAGUGAACAGCUUUCUGGAGAAGUACCGGUGUGUUUAACUUAAAAAUGCUCAAAAAGAAAUCAAGCAGCGCUGAAAAGAAACGGAAACACUCGCAGUCGGAAGAAAGACACGACAGCAACAAGCGAAGAAGUGCGGAAGCUAACUUGGAGGACUCAAAGGAUGAGCUCGCUGACGCAGAGCUGGACAGGAUUGGCAGUGACAUUGAGGAGGGGGGACUUGACCUCAACCUGCCGUUCAAGCCCAUCACUGCUUAUGCCGCUGACAGGCGGGAGAUGCUGGAGCAGUGUCUGCGUGUGCUGGGGGAGAAGAAGCUACGGAGAAUGCUGCCUGAUGAACUCAAGGACUUUAGUUUAGAGGAAAUCAAAAAAAUGUGCUGGGAGCAACUGGAGCCGAUCUCAGAGAAAAAUCUUUUACAGAUCCUAGGAGGAGAAGAACUGACAUCUGGAAAUGGUGACAAAAACACAGAAGAGACCUUGGAGAGCCAGCAAGACAAUAAUGUGGACUCUACAUCUUGCCUCAAAGACACUGCAAAAACUGAGGACCCUAAGCAAGAGGGUGGCGGUUCAGGAGAGGAGAGCGACGUCCUGAGCAUAAACGCAGACACUUACGAUAGCGACAUAGAAGGGCCCAAAGAGGAGCAGACUGUUAAAGCUGUGGACGGAGCGGUGAAAGUAGCGGACAGCAGCAGGGAAGGCGCUGACCCAGUUGUAAACCCUGACCCAGUGAAUCCUAAACCUCCCACGGGCUCUCAACCAGCGGAAGGUGGAAAGAAAGACAUCCAAAGCGACAUAGACAAAAGCGUCAGUGAGAUUUUAGCGUUUUCGUCCUCUUCAAGCAAAGAGGAAGCUAAGGAACAGAGUGCACCUCCGCCGUGCACGGAUGUUAGUUUACCUGUUCAAGGCACACCUGUUUUGGGGCGCGCGCCUGCAGCGUGUCGGCCGUCGAUUCAGCAACUGGAGCUUCUGGAGCUGGAAAUGAGGGCGAGGGCCAUAAAGGCUCUGAUGAAAGCAAGUGAUGGGAAAAAGCAGAGCGUGACAAAAAAUGUGUAGCAUGUUUUGUUUGUUGUUGGUUGAAUGAUACAUGAAAUCAUGUGGUUUUAUUACUCCAUAUUGGAAUGAUGUUACUUGGGAAGUUAAACACACCAAGGCUUGUCCUAACCUACUGAAUGAAUGUGUCCUGGUAUGAUAAACAUAAUUGAGUUUCCAGCUGUAUUUUUGUCUAUGGCCACUAGAUGACAGUGUUCACCUGCCACAGUACACUCAUGGUAAUGUGUCCAAUAUGAGCAGAAGAGAGCAGGAGAUGAUUUAUCUGCUCAGUCAGAAUGGUCACAACAGCUUGAAAGUCAAGUUUCCCUCGAUGUUUUUCAGUUAUACAGUUGGGGUAAAAAUUUGUCAAUUUUAAGAGUGUGAGAAUAUUGGUUGUUAAGUACGUAGACCGAGCUUUGCCAGGCAAAGUAGGUGGCGGCAGUGUUGUGCUGUCAUUUACAGUCAACACACCUGCGAUAUUUCUUCACUGAACACCUGUUUGACUUGUCAGGCUGAAGUGUGCACUGGCAUCUCUCUGAUACUUGCAUCCUCUAAAUGUUAAGGCUGGUCUGUUACAACAGGUUAGGCAGAGACAACAAAAAAUACAGCUCCCAUGGCAUUACAGACGAAAUACAGAGGAACCCAAAACUGAAAUAAAUCAAAGAUAAGUAGACCAGCUGUCCUCAACCGAUACAUCAAGUUAAAGAACCCGCCACUGCUAUCCUCUGGAGGAACUUUAAAAUUUUGUCUUUCUGUGCGUCUAUGUAGCGGCUGGAAUUAAUAGCAUCUCUCGCCUAAUGUAGUGUUUUUGCUGUAAUUUAUUCCGAAGCUGCUUUGUUCCUGUAUGUGUGCAAUUACAUGCAGAUGCAGAGCAAAACAGCUCUCAACCCCACUACCCCAAAGGAGACAAUGAAACGUAUGAUAAGAAGCCAGUUGCCUCCUGGGUAUUUGCAUUUAAAAGGGUUAUUUCAUGGGAGGAAAGAGGGUGGAGAGCGUUAAAUGUGUCUUUUUCUAUGCAUGCGUGUGCAGGUAUCUUUGUACUCAUUGAUGAUUUGAAGAGGAAAUUGUCCACUUUAGUAAAAAGGGAUACAUGAUUCUAAAGUGCUGGUAGUGUCUAUGAUUGGUGAGUAUUUAUCUGUGUCAUUUUACUGCUAUUAGAAUGCCAAUUAUGAUUUGGUAUGAGCAGAUAAAUGGCUUUUUAAGCAGGCAUCAAAAUGAGUGGGCUGAAAAAAUGAAUUGAUGGAGUUGAGAUGAUGCUGUUUUUGUUGAGGGAGUACUUUUUGAUUUCAAAUGAACCUCUUGAUCCAUGUUAAAAUAUUGAGGUAUGACGCUGCCAUGAAUGUUGCUAUUAUGAAAGUCAAAAAGAAGGUUAUGCAAAAAGUUUCUGUGCUCUCUGAUUCAUCCGUUUAAUAGCUGCACCUGUCAUUUUCCUCAGUGUUGUGACCAAGCCUCUGGUAAGUGAUACUCAUUACACAAUAGUCCUCAAAACUUUUAGGGUGGUUUAUACCCUCAACUUUAUGUUUAACUUUCUCUAUGUGACUAUUGCACAAAAUUAAAGAGAAUUUAGGCCUCUGCAAAGUCAAGUUUUCUCGAGGGACAUGUACCAUGGGAAAGACGCGGUGCAAAGUCCAAUAUUGAAAAAAAAAAAAAAUAUAUAUAUAUAGAACUGAUUGUGCAUUGACUGUAUCUUAAGUUCACUUUGUAAUGUAUAUACACUCAUAGGUGUUCUACAUUUGGGUAGUUGUAAUUGUUGUAUCUCUCCUAUAGACAGAGUAUGCAAAGGAGUAAGAAAAAAAAAAAACAGUUCAGACAAAUACAAAAUAGAAAAACACUUUCACAGUUUUGGUAUGUUUUUAAGUGUCUUGGUCCAACACCUUCAGGUCCAGAAUAAGAUAUAUCAACAAUUAGGUCAACUUAAUGGAUUGCCAUUAUAAUUUGUCCUCAGGCUCAGAAUAAUUUGACCCUACUUUAAUCUGGCACUGCCACAAACAGGUAAAUUGACCCGCUAACAUGCUAAAUGAUAGCAUAUACAUUCAAUUAUUGACAUUUUGAAUUACAUGCUACCUUUUGCAUCCUGGCAUGCUAAUUUUAGCUUAAAUGUACUUCAGUCAACAUUACUACUGUUUUAGUGUAGUAAUGUUGCAUGCUGAGUAGUGAUAGCAUUCCCAUACAACAGUUACGUGCUGACUGUAGUAUCCUGGAUUUUAACAAUUAGAUCUAAAUCUUAAUCCUGGUUACUUGAUUUUAACAUUUAGAAUUACAUGCUAAUCACAACAACUUUAUUUUAACAUUUACAAUCAUAAGCAAACGUUAGUGUCCUGUCACCUUGAUUUUAGCAUUUAGAAUGACAUGCUAACUGUAGUAUCCUGGUACUUGGAUUUUAACAUUUAGAAUUACAUGCUAACUCAUGGCACCUUGCCUUAACAUUGAGAAUCAGAAGCAAACUGUAGUAUCCUGGCAACUUGCUUUUAACGUUUAGAAUUACAGUGUAACUUAUCCUAGCACCUUCAUUUUCACAUUUUAAAUUACAUGUUAACUGUAGUAUCCUGGCACCUUGAUUUUGAUAUUUAACAUUUAAAAUUACAUUUUAACUGUUGUAUCCUGGUGCUUGGAUUUUAACAUUUAGAAUUACAUGCCAAUUCCUGGUACCUUGACUUUAAUAUUUGGAAUCACAAGCGAACUGUGGUAUCCUGGUACUUUGAGUUUCACAUUUAAAAUUACAUGUUAACUGUAGUGGCUUGACACCUUUAUUUUCACAUUUACAAUGACAUGCUAACUCAUACAGCUGGGGUUUGAUCCAAUACCAGUGUGCCGGAAUAUAAGUAUAGCUGAGGGCGGGGUUAGGGCAUCAUUAUUUAUUUAUUUUUGCCAAAAUAGUGGUAAGGUUCAAUAACAAAACUGUCUUUCUCAUUCUUUUUAAUCCAACAAUUUAGUUUUGUGUGUGCUCUGAGCAUUACAGCCUUGAGGUAGGAACACUUCACUGUCUUUGCUGUUGCUAAGGCAAAAAUAGGCUCACCACUGCCCUUUUCAGUGUUUGUUUUGGUGCACAUUUCUACUGUUUUGAUACUUCCAAUGUUUUUUAUUUUUCAGAGCACAUUUUCAUUCUUUUUUUGUGUGCUUUCACUGUUGUGUUUUAGUGUUCGCACUAUUUUUAGAUUUGGGGCACAUUUGUCUUAAUGUUAGUGCUUUCAGUGUGUUUUGUUCCUCAGUAGCCACUGGGGAUUGUAGAAGUAGCACUGGAAACAUAAGUAUAUUUGUGAAAAAGAGGACCUGUCAGUCCAAUGCAAAACUCUAGAUGUUACUGUGGCACCGCAGAAAAACCGCAAGGACAAAAAAGGGAUGAAAAAUGUUGAUGUCACUUUUUUAAGAACA